GCAACAAAGGAGCUGUUGGGGUGUCCUUCAUGUUUAAUGGAACUUCCUUUGGGUUUGUGAACAGCCAUUUGACUUCAGGAAGUGAAAAGAAACAGAGGCGAAAUCAGAACUACAUGAGUAUUCUUCGCUUUAUGUCCCUGGGAGACAAGAAUUUGAGUCCAUUUAACAUCACUCAUCGUUUUACUCAUCUCUUCUGGCUGGGAGAUCUGAAUUACCGCUUAGAGUUAUCCCCAACGGAAGCAGAAAAUAUCAUUCAGAAAAUCAAACAGCAGCAGUAUACAGAACUGCUUAAUUUUGACCAGCUACUCAUUGAAAAGAAGGAUCAAAAGGUGUUUCUGCAAUUUGAGGAGGAAGAAAUAACAUUUGCCCCAACCUAUCGCUUUGAAAGAAACACCAGGGAGAAUUAUGUCUACACCAAGCAGAAAGCAACAGGGAUGAAGUACAAUUUGCCAUCCUGGUGUGAUCGAGUGCUCUGGAAAUCAUAUCCCUUGGUGCAUGUGGUGUGCCAGUCUUAUGGAUGCACAACUGACAUUAUGACAAGUGAUCAUAGUCCUGUUUUUGCUACAUUUGAAGUUGCUGUCACAUCUCAGUUUGUCUCUAAGAAUGAUGAUAAGUACACAGACUCUCUGGGACAGAUUGAAUUCCUCCAUUGCAGUGCUGUCCUCAAGACAAAGUCACAGACAAAAUUCUACAUUGAAUUUUACUCCAGCUGCCUAGAAAGCUUUGUAAAAAGCCAAGAGGGAGAAAAUGAGGAAGGAAAUGAAGGGGAACUGGUGGUAAAGUUUGUUGAAGCCCUUCCUAAACUGACUCCAAUUAUUUCAGAUCCAGAAUAUCUGCUAGACCAACACAUUUUGAUCAGCAUUAAAUCUUCAGACAGUGAUGAAUCUUAUGGUGAAGGCUGCAUUGCCCUUCGAAGUGGAGCUGCAGAAUCCCAAGUCCCUAUCCAAACUGUGUUAACACACCAUGGAGAAAAGACUGGGAUCUUUCAAGGUGAAUUCAAGCUACAGACAUCCCAAGGGAAACAGAGAGAAAAAUUAUAUGAUUUUGUGAAAAUUGAACGAGACGAGACCACUGGACAAAAACCAAUCAGGGGCUUGAGCAGUAUGGACCAUGCCAAAGAAUGGGAACAAAUCAGCAAGGUUACUAUUUCCAGCAGAAGAUCUACUCACUUGGUAGCCAAAGAAGCAGCCGCCAUUGCUCGGUUUCGUGGAACUGCAGCAUCUCUUGAUGAACCUUGCAGAGAAGAUCUUGUGCGCAAUGCGGUGGCCGCAGACAUCAACAAUGCCAGCUAUUUACGGGUGGCUGCUGCCUCUCAGCCAUUCACUGCAACAACCCAGCUUAAGCAGAUCCCUUCACCAGAUCAACAACCUACCUUCUGGAAUUAUGAUCUGCAGACAAAAGAUAAUACUCCACUGUUGGGACAAGAGUCUCCUACUACACCUUCCACUCUGUCUCCUGGGUCUCCAAGAGUUGCUGCUCACUCUGCAACUAACCGAAAGGAUCAACUAUACAGUGAGGUGAGGAAAAGCACAGUAGAACCAUUGCUGCAAGAUGAAGCAUAUUCAAAACCAGAGAUGAUUGAUAAUCCACUAUAUGACUUCACAAAAUCCAAGGACAAACCUCUAUUUAAGAGAGAACAGGAAUUGUUCAAGGUUUCACGGAAAGAACUCCCAACCAUUCCUGAUCAGAACUUCCCUUUCACCAAGCUACAAGAGACCGAUGGCAGCAAACCUUGCAAACAACAAUCCUCCCCACCUUUCCUUGUUCCCACACACAGAUUUCGUUCUUAUACCUGUUCCAAUCAAUCUGAGGAAAAUAGUGCACUGAAAGAAAAGAUGCAGAACAAGCAGAAACCUUGUUCCAGUUCAGAUCCUUCUAUGUCAACAUUCAAGAAUCCCAUCAAAUUAACAAGGUCUGAAGUAGGCCAAAAUAAACCACCUCUUCCAUCUAAAAGCCAGGUGGUGCUUGAUCUGCAGAACAUCAAAGGCCGUGAUUAUAGAGAAAGCUCAGAACUUCCACCUCAAAAGAAACACCAAAAUGAGGAUGGGACUGUUGGCAGGGCAGCUGUGCCGUGAAAGGGAGUAUCACUGAUGAAAAACCCAGAUGAAUCCUGAAAAGAAACAGCAUGAACAUUUCUCAGAUUUCAUCAUAAUAUCCUUUGACUUGGUACACAAAGCCAUCUAGUUUAAUGUUUAAUCAAGACUGAAAAUCUCUCUUUCUCUCUCUCUCUCUCUCAUUCUCUCUCUCUCUCUGUGUAUACAUUAUGAAACUUAAGGCAAAAUUAAUUUAAACCAAAAUUGGUUUUAAAAGACUGAGAUGAAUAAAUGCUAUAAAGAUUAAAACUUUGUCAAUUCCUUCAAGGGCAAGGAAGUUGUGAAUAAUUAUGGGAAUGGGAAAUAAUAUGGGCUGGAUACAUUUGAAAAGUAUGCUGAGCACAGAAGGUAUCAUUCAGAUAACUGUAUUACAGAUCAGAACAAGAAUGGAUUUUCUAGAAAAUGGCCCAGUUUCCUAAAUGUUUUUACUUGGUGGUUUACUGGGCGGGUGGUAGGGGGGAAGCAAAGUGUAUAAUUUCUGAGCGUGCACAAAGUACUAACUUGGUUCUUUAACAGAACAGAGUAUAAAUUUUCUGCAACUAUAA